AUGGCAACAGGACGCAAGCAAGAAGAAGCAACAGCGACUGGAUGGUCUCGAGAAGAGGUCUUGCACCAUAUUGAAUUGUUGGCAGCCGAGUUCUUAAAGUGCCUAUCAGACGGAAAGGUGCUAAAUCUGGAAGCUUUGAAGCGCAGUUCGUCCGCGAUGAUCUACGACCGCAAGAAGCAGCAACAGUUUCACGGCAACGAGACGCGCUUGAUCAGACUUAACCGACAAGGAGGCAGGCGAUACACGGGGAUCUGGUUGAUUCUGCAGACGGUACAUGCUCUGUUAACACAAAAUAAAACAGCAACACAGCGAGAUGUUUACUAUUUGCACCCGUUUUUCAAAGGCCAAAGCGAAGCCGACGAAGCAAUUCUAGACACUGGAAGUAUCUUAGGUGUUCCAAGAGGAUGCAUGAAUAUUGUCGGCGCGACUAAAGGAUUUUUCACUGGAAACAUAAGCAUCUUAAGAGAUGGCCAGUGGAGGCACUUUAGUAGCGGAGAAGAGGUGUCGAUUACUCAAGAACUUUUGCAGCUAAAGUCAAGCGAGAUGCAAAGCAACGCAAAGUGCAUUGUUGUGAUUGAAAAGGAUGGGAUCUUCAAUCGGUUGAGAGAGGACAAAUUUUUUGAGACGAUUCCAAGUAUCUUAAUCACCGGUCGUGGAUUUCCAGAUCUAGCCACAAGAAUGUUCGUCAGCCUAUUGAGUCGUGUUUUCGAACUUCCGGUUUUCGGUGUUUGCGAUUGCAAUCCAUUUGGUCUCUCGAUCAUGCUUACUUACAAAUUAGGGUCAGCUCGGAUGCCUUUGGAGUCGCUGCAAUAUGCUGUCGACAUUAAGUGGGUUGGCUUCCGUCCGUCACAAGCUGCACGCUUGGGCUUGCCUUCAUCGUCCCUUAAGGCGCUGACACGAAAGGAUAUUGCCGUAGCGGACUCCCUACUGCGUACCAGCUUCGUUCAGGCUAACGGUGCUUACAAGGAAGAAGUUGAAAUGUGGCUCGGAGACUCGCUACCAUGGAAAAUUGAGCUCGAAGCUCUUCACUUCUUAGGGUUUACGUUUCUCACCUCUUUCCUUCAAGAUUGUAUCAAAAGGGGCAACUUCCUAUGA